AUAUAUAGAGUAGACAACAACAGUAGUGAACAAACAACAAAAAAUUUACUGAAACAAAACAAGUUGAAUCAUAACAGGAAAAUGAAAAUGCUCUUGAUUAUACUCAUGCAGGUUUUUGCCGUAAAGGCCCAAGAUGCAGGCGAUUUUGAACUUGGUGACUACAAAGGGGCAUUGAUUGGUGAUCUGGUGACUCGAUCCAAUGACGUGACAGGGACUCUUUAUGCGCUUGGGCCAAACUUACUCUACCUUGAAAACUUCAACUUUGAUGGGGCAAAUGACUUUUCCUUCUUCUACAUUGGCUGCCGCCGGGCGUCGCCGGAGCCCAGUAAAGAAGGACUCCGAUUACUUCACUCCAAACAAGAUGAUCUCACGCCCGUGGAGACUGCAGUUAACCAGGGUCUUCUGAUUCCAUUCCCGUUCAGAAAAUACGUAUCUCUUGACCACUUUGCAUGGUUCUCUCUGUGGGACGAACAGAAUGAGGUCAGUCUUGCGGAUAUCUCAAUACCUGAAGACUUUGAAGAGCCACGUCCAUAUAUUUUAUCAGCUGAUGCCUUCACGUCUGAAGACGCUCGAGUGAACGCCGUCCGAAUCAUCAUGCGUACUGCGAGGAACGUUACUAUUCAGAGCUUUACAUUUGACGGCACAGGACUUGACGCCAACUUCUAUGCUGGAACCGGAGAUAGUUUAACUGCUACGAGUGGCGAAUUGGUGACUGUUGAGGAAGAAAACGACAGCACACUUGGCAUUUACGACAGAGCGACAUUGACGCUUCGACUUCCAGAGGAUUUGACUCUACUGGAUGCCGAUUGGAUCAUAGUGACAUGUCCUCAAUGUACUACGCCAUUUGCCCAAAUUGAGUUACCGGAUUAUCGCAACCUCCCUGCUGAUGUACAAAUCUUUUAAAUGGCAACUUUAGAUCCCCCUAGAGCUUGCAUAUGCAACUUCUUUUAAAGCUCGAAGCGAGUCUCCAUGAUAUUAUUUUUGUAUCUUUUCAAUUUAUGCAAUAAAAUUUUUAAUCAACUAUGAGCUCUUAUGUCUGUAUGUUUGAUCUUAGUUUAACGAUGCUGUCUACAAGUUCUUGGAAAAUAUCACAUUUAAUUCCAAAAUGGCAACUGAAUUUUACUGUCCAAAAUCAUGUUUUUGGCUAUAUUUCAAGUAGCAACAACUCCAAAAUUCUAAGUUUGCAUGAAAUUGACAAUGUACAA